UGUUAGCAUUGGGCAAUAGGCCCACUCGAUUUCCACUUUCGGAUCUGUUCAGAACGUCUUAAAACUUGCUCACAACGGAAAGACAUAAUUAUCAUUAGUUACGUAUGGCAGAGAGUGAUGCAGAAACAGUACCAGGAGAAAUGGCCAUGGAAACAGCUAAACAAAAUGUAGAGAUAUUCAAGAAGCCAAUUCAUCCAGCAGCUCGUAAAAGGAAAAAGGUCUUGGAUGAAGACACAUAUGUUAGGGAAGUUGAGAAAAUAAUUGAAAGAGAUUUCUUCCCUGAUUUGGAAACCCUGAAGGAAAAAUUAGACUAUUUGGAGGCAAAGGAAACCAAUGAUGUGGUGAGACUUCGAGAAUUUUACUCAAAGUAUUCUGUAGCAAAAGAUCCACCCAUGCUACAAAAUGUUGAAGACAGUCCUGCCACUUUUGAGACUCCAAUCACAGGGCGCUCGAAACGAGGAGGAAGUGGAACACCCAGUAUUGAUUACUCUUCAGACGACCCGCUCGAUCCUCAGAAUAAAGUGAUGAAAAAUGCUGCUGAGGAUGAUGACAAAAGCUCUCAGAGUGGUAAAAUGUCAUUAGAUGAAUUCCUGGAGUCACACACAAGUGAGGACAAUGAAAGCUUUGAAGAAAUAAUGAAGGAAAAUGAAAGACGAUUUAAGAUAAAGCAUGCGUGGAUGUUUGAUGCAGAGGAGAAGCACAACAAAGAACAUGUACCCAAUUUAAUACCUCAGACAGCCCAGCAACAGGCAGAAGCAGCGGUUCUUUCCAUUACCGGCACAUCAGUACAGAAUGAUACUAGACCCAAACAGUUAGAAAAUUGGAACUACCAAACCUUUAAUUCUGUGAUGUUUGUACCUGAUGGAGCGCCAUUGUCACAAGAUAAACAAAUUGAAUUAGCGAAACAGAAGAAAAGACAAGUGGAUUUAGCAAAUACACGCUUUGAUGGGAAUCCUUUUACCGAGACGCUGAGUCGGGCUGCCAUGCUAGAAGCUUCAGCAGUUCAAGCCAGCAAGAAGGAGGGGAAGGUUGGUGUUGAUGGAAAAGAACUUGGUAAGGACACUCCAAGGGUGAAUGGCUAUAGUUUUGUAACUGCACCAUCUCCUGUUCCUGGGAUGGAUGCCUCUCCUCUCAUGACUUGGGGAGAGGUGGAAGGGACACCAUUCCAGCUGGAUGGCAACCAGACACCGCUGCUAAAGAAACAAACACAAGGACCAUCAUAUAGAAUACCACAAGUACCCAACAGGGACCGUCUAGGGCAUAAAUUAGCUGAGCAAGCAAGUCAAAAACACAGGAACAAGAAAAUUAAAGCAAUGCUGGCAGCCAAGUACAGCUUAGGUACUCCAUCAAACAAGUUUGGUCAACAGUCAUCCUUGGAAAGAGUAACAUCAAUGUCACCAGCAGCACAAAGACUCCUGACAACUAAGCUUGGGAUAGGACAAAGCACAGAUAAAGCUCUGCGAGCAUCUUACACGCCGUCUCCCAGUAUACGGCACGGAUCAGCCACCCCAGGUGCUGUAACGCCCAGUAUUGCCUUCCUUCCUACCACAGGUAGAAGCAUCACACCAAAACUCCAAAUCCAGAAGAAAGCAACAAAUGCUGCUGGAGGGAUUGUUGAAGGCGAGCUGUCGUUGGGACUCACAGACAACUUGCUCAAUCUUCCAAGGAGACCCAAAAGUGCCUCGGUGCAAGAGAACAACGCAGAAAAUGCUAGGAAAUGUGCUUCGGAUUUCUUUUAAUGGUACUGUAUUGUGUUCAUUUGCAGACAACCCUUUAUUUGUGAAAAUGUGUGUGUGCAUGUACAGUACUUAAAGUAUAUAUAUAUAUAUAAGCUUAUUAAUCAGAUAUGAAAAGUGUGCAUGUUUCACGAGUUCUAAAAAUAGGAAAUAAUAAUCUAUAUUUUAUAAAUAAAUAAUUUCUUAUUGGAAAGUCCCUUGGUGUCUUUAAACUGGUUUUGCACUGGCAAUUUUUCCUGACUACAAAUCAAGAUUUUUAUCUUAUAAGAUACAAAGUGUUUUUCUGACAAGUUUGUGAACAACAAAUGUGUAUUACUUAUUAGUGAACAUCAGUACAGGGAGUCCUUGUCCUAUAAACAUGUUAUGUUCUGAGAUUGUGUUCGUAAAGCAUUUGUUUGUAACAUAAAGCGAGAUAUUCCACAGGUACAAUGAUAGAGAUGCAUUAAAAAUCCUCACAAAAUCAAUAUUUUAAAGACGUAAUAAAAACAGCAAAUUAUUUACCUUGAAUUAUAGAUUUAUCCUGCUUGUGAAAUUUAGCUGUUUUUGAAUAGUGAAGUGGUUAAUUACAUGAAUAAAUAAAUUAAUGUGUGUACUAUAUUUGCAGUCAUUCAUUUUGUAAUUCAUCUCUGGAGUAAACACUGCACCCUCCAUCUAUCACCAGCCCAUGGACCCCCACCCCUCAAAUAGAGAAACACAAUCUGGUCUUGUACAAAUCAUGCGAGUUUGUGGGUCACCGAGGACUGCGAGAAGCCUGUAUAGGAAUAUUUCAUUAAUGUGUUUUGCAUGAAAUUUCUCAUCUAACAGUGUUUAAGCAAGUUAUUUUUAGCUUGUUCCUAUAAAGGUGAGAAUCAUUAUAUUAUCUAUGAUUUUAUCAACACUAUACACAUCCUCGCCAGCAAUUAGAAUAAGGUUAACAUGUGGCAGUAAGCAGAAGCUUGAACAUCUGUAAUUGAAGACUGGUCAUCAUCAAACUUCAGGAGUGUAAGUGUAGUUAAGGAAAAUUGUCAGUUUAGAAUAACUUUGACAUGACUAAUCAUCUUCAAUGUCAUAGUAGUAGUUUUAUAUCAAAAUGUUUGCCUUUCAUUCAUCAUACACAGUAUAAGCAAAGGAAUAAAAGUGAUUGUAAA